AUGGUUAGAAAACUUAAGUUUCAUGAGCAUAAUAAUUUACAUGAAAAUCAAGUUAUGGCUAAAUUUGGAAUCCAAAAAAGAGCUCAUUAUCUUUUAUACAAUAAAUUGUCAAAAAACAUUCGUGAAUUUGCCAAUAAAUUGAAGGAGAUGCCUGAUUCAAAUCCAGCAAAACGUACAAUGAUACGUAAAUUUCUUGGAAAAUUAUAUAAUUGUGGUCUUAUACCAGCUGCUGAUUCAUUGGAACGCGCCAAUAAAGUUACUGCAUCCUCAUUUGCUAGAAGAAGACUUCCAGUUCUUAUGAAAUUAUCUAAUAUGACAGAGACAAUAAAAUUGGCAACAGACUACGUUGAACAGGGCCAUAUCAGAGUUGGUACUGAACUUGUUACUGAUCCUGCAUUUCUUGUCAAUAGAGAUCUUUCUGACUACAUUACAUGGAGUCGUGGAAGUAAAAUUAAAAAACAUAUUGAUACUUAUAAUAAUGAAAGAGAUGACUUUGAAGAUGCUUAG